CGCCGCGCCUACGCAUUUUCCGGGGCGGGAACAGCAAAAUGGCGCCAGAACUAGUGGCGGGCUGAGGACGCCGUACCCCUCGGAAGGCGGCCCUGCGGUUCCUUUGCCGCCCGUUCCCUCCCGGACAUGGAGGACGUGGAGGCGCGCUUCGCCCACCUCUUGCAGCCCAUCCGCGACCUCACCAAGAACUGGGAGGUGGACGUGGCGGCCCAGCUGGGCGAGUAUCUGGAAGAGCUGGAUCAGAUCUGCAUUUCUUUUGACGAAGGCAAGACCACAAUGAACUUCAUUGAGGCAGCGUUGUUGAUCCAGGGCUCCGCCUGCGUCUAUAGUAAGAAGGUGGAAUACCUCUACUCACUCGUCUACCAGGCCCUUGAUUUCAUCUCUGGAAAGAGGCGGGCCAAGCAGCUGUCUUCGGUGCAGGAGGACAGGGCCAAUGGGGAUGUCAGCUCUGGGGCCCCCCAGGAGGCGGGGAAUGAGUUCCUGUCGCUGGAUGACUUCCCUGACUCCCGGACUAACGUGGAUCUCAAGAACAAUCAGGCGCCCAGCGAGGUCCUCAUCAUCCCCCUCCUGCCCAUGGCCCUGGUGGCCCCUGAUGAAAUGGAGAAGAACAGCAAUCCCCUGUACAGCCGUCAGGGUGAGGUCCUGGCCAGCCGGAAGGAUUUCAGGAUGAACACGUGCGUUCCCCACCCCAGAGGGGCUUUCAUGUUGGAGCCAGAGGGCAUGUCCCCCAUGGAGCCAGCAGGCGUUUCCAUGCCAAGGACCCAGAAGGACGCCGGGAGGACUGAGGAGCAGCCAAUGGAAGUUUCCAUGUGUAGGAGCCCUGUGCCAGCACUCGGCUUCUCCCAGGACCCAGGCACCUCUCCAGAAGGCCCGACGCCCCUGGGCGGAGGUGAGGACGAGGAUGCAGAGGAGGCAGUAGACCUUCCUGAGGCCUCGGCCCCCAAGGCCGCUCUGGAGCCCGAGGAGCCCAGGAGCCCGCAGCAGGUGGGACCCACAUGGAGGCCUGCAGAGCCUGAGCUGUGAACUGGGCAACCCUGGCUCUGGGGCUGAGUCAGCUUGCACAAGGAAGGCAGUGCUACGGCCUUGGCCCCGGGCCAUUGGUCUGGGGCAGAAGCCCAUCCGUCUUGCAGCCCGUCCUGCAGCCAGCCCUUUGGAACGGCAGCUUCCAUGUUCCUCCCCUCUCUGGACAGAACUGAUGAUCUUCAGAGCAGUGGGCUGGCGUCCAAGGGUUUGAGCCCUGCCGAGCUCACAGCUACCUGGGACGGCCGCUGGUCGCUGAGGUGCCUCUUCUGCAGUUGGGCUGGUAGGAGGGGGUGUCUGGAGGCCAUUGCUGCCUCCCUCAACCCCCAGGGUCAACUAUACCCAGCCUAGAGCCAAGAAACCCUUUUUAUUUAUUAAAACAGAAAAUCAACCCGAUGCAUACAGA